AUGGCUCGAAAUGCAGAAAAAGCAAUGACUGCUCUAGCCAGAUGGCGUCGAAUGAAAGAAGAGGAAGAAAAAGGUCCAGUUGCAAAACGUCCAAAUGAUGUUAGUGAAUGUAAUACAUUAAAUGAUGCAGAAAGGUACAGAAAACAAGUUACAAUGGAAAUCGCUAAGAAAAUUGCUUUAAUACAGAACCCAGGUUUGGGAGAAUUUAAAAUUCGAGACUUGAAUGAUGAGAUAAACAAGUUACUGCGAGUAAAAUAUGCAUGGGAAAUAAGAAUUAAGGAACUCGGAGGACAAGAUUACCGAAAAGUAGCACCUAAGGAAUUAGAUCGAGAAGGACGUGAAGUAGCGGGAAGUAAAGGAUACAAAUACUUUGGAGCCGCUAAAGAUUUGCCUGGUGUUAGAGAACUUUUCGAAAAGGCUGAGAUCAGCGAGCCACGAAAGAAUCGUAUAGAAUUAAUCAAAUUUGUCGAUGCAGACUAUUAUGGUUACAUGGAUGAUGAUGAUGGUUUAUUAAUACCAUUAGAAAUGGACGCUGAAAUCAAAGCCCGUUUGCAAGCUGAAAAGGAAUGGGAAGAAAAUAAAGAUGCAUGGAAAGCAAAAAAGGCAUUUGAAGAAGAUAUCGAUAUAUACAAAGUUGAUGAUGUAAGUUUUUUAUUGAGAUGA